AUGUUCUCCAAGGCCCUUGUCGCACUGGCCGCUGCCAGCAUUGUCGGUCAGGCCGCCGCUAGCCCUCACAAGCAUGGUCUCCAGCAUGCGCACCAGAAGAGGGCCCUUGUUACCGAGAUGGUGACUGUCACGGAUUGGGUCACGGUCACUGUCACCGGCGACGACACCAACACCAAGUCUAAGGUGUUUUACACCCAUUCUCGCAAAGUCAAGACCACAUCCAGCUCCGAGAGCAGCACGACAUCAACUUCUGCGUCUCCGGAGUCUUCUACCGUCUCCGCCGCCGUCGAGGUCUCUGCCAGUUCUGCACCCGAACAGAGCAACCCGCCGGCCGUCGAGGACGUGCCUUCGUCUACCAGCAUUAGCACCACGCCUGAGGUUGUCAACACCCCGGCUCCUACUUCAGAGGCACCUGCUCCGGAGGCGCCUGCUCCCUCGUCAACUGUUGAGGCAGUUCCUACCUCGGCUGCUGUUGAUACGGGCAACGGAAACACCGGCGACGACACCGGCAGCGGUAACGGCGGAACCACUACUGGCACCGCCAAGCGUGGCCUCGCAUACAACAACCCGGCGUUGCUGCAGUCCUUCCUCAACUCUGGUACCAAGGUCUCAUGGGCCUACAACUGGGGGCAAUACGACGACUCUGGCACCGACCUUGAGUUCUGCCCCAUGCUGUGGGGUCUCAAGCUCAACUUCGCCGAAACUUGGCCCGCCAACGCUCAAAAGGCCAUUGAUGGUGGAUCUCGGUGCUUGCUCAGCUUCAACGAGCCCGACCUUCCUGAGCAGGCCAACCUGUCGCCGUCGGUUGCUGCGGCGAAGCAUAUUGAGCUCAUGAACCCCUUCUCGGGCAAGGCUCUCAUCGGCUCUCCCGCCAUCACCAACAGCGGGGCCGAUGGCCAGGGCAUUUCGUACUUGAAGCAGUUUUUCGAUGCCUGUGAUGGAAAGUGCGCCGUGGAUUUUGUUAACAUCCAUAUCUACGGUGUCGACACCAACACGUUCCUCUCUCACCUGCGCAAUGUCCACAGCGCCUUCAACAAACCAGUCUGGAUCACUGAAUUCGCCUUUGGGGGCACCGACGACCAGAUCAACGCGCAGCUCGAGACGGUCAUCGACCAGAUCGAGAACAACGCGACGUAUUCCUUUGUUGAGCGGUACUCGUACUUCAUGGUCUCGGACGGCUUCCUGGUCAAGGGCAACUCGCUCAGCACCUACGGCAACACCUUUGCUUAUGGCGCUUGA